AAAAGACGCACCUGAGGCAACCUUUUGGUUCCUUUCCGCCUGGCUGCAGGGGGCGUGGCCGAAAGCCUCCGCAGGUGAGGGGGGGGGAGGAGCUUACCUUAAAGCUGCUGGGGCAGCGGAGGCGCCUCUGGACCUCGCAGGAGACAAGCUAGAAGCCGGCAGGAGCACCCCGCCCGCAAAGAGCUGAGAAAGAUCUCAGAACUGUAUACAUAAUAAUUCUCCAAAUUAUCCUGACGACAAUCCUGCGAGGACAAAGGACAUACACACAGCCAUGGACUGGGGAUCGCUCCAAGCCAUCCUAGGAGGCGUAAACAAACAUUCCACAAGCAUCGGGAAGAUCUGGCUGACUGUCUUGUUCAUUUUCCGCAUCAUGAUUCUCGUGGUCGCUGCAGAAAAGGUCUGGGGAGAUGAGCAACAAGAUUUUGUUUGUAACACUCUGCAACCUGGAUGCAAAAAUGUCUGCUAUGAUGAGUUUUUCCCCAUUUCUCACAUUAGACUCUGGGCUCUGCAACUCAUCUUUGUGUCCACUCCUGCCCUUUUGGUAGCCAUGCACGUUGCUUACAGAAAGCAUGAAAAGAAACGGCUGUGCAGAGAAAAGAUUGACAUGGAAAAUCUGAAACGGCAAAAGUUUCAUAUCGAGGGUGCCCUGUGGUGGACGUACACCAGCAGCAUUUUCUUUAGAAUUGUCUUUGAAUCUGUCUUCAUGUAUACAUUUUAUUUCAUGUACCGAGGUUACAAAAUGCCACGCUUAGUGAAAUGUGAUGCUUGGCCUUGUCCAAAUACAGUAGAUUGCUUUAUUUCUCGACCCACUGAGAAAACAAUGUUUACUAUUUUCAUGCUGUCUGUAUCAGGUAUCUGUAUGCUCUUGAAUGUGGUUGAGUUGUCUUACUUAGUGCUUAAGUUUUGCAUGAGAAAACCGAAGACCAUAAAAUCUCUGCCCAGCCACUAGAAACUUACCUACCCAUGCACCUAAUUUUGCAUUGAUUUCAGAAAAUGGUCAACAAUAUUUCCAGACUCUGUGACUAUUAAAUUAUGCAGUCUUUUAAUGGCUACUUUGCUCUGACUAACACUGACUCAGGUGCCCACAAGGACAAGGCAGGGCCUAAUCCUUAUUAAAUGAAACUACUCCAAGUUCUUCCUGCUACUGAAAAGUUGUUUUAAAAUGGAAAAGUGAAUCGACUACUGCCUUUAGGGUUGAUAUCCAUUUUCCAGCACAGAGUUUCUUCAAGCGCAGACCUGUACAGCCCAAAAAACAUGUUCAGUGAUGAUUUUAGAUAUUAGACUUAUGAGGAUUCCAUUCAUGAGACCUGACUUAUUAGAGAGAUGCUGAUGAAAUUCACAUUCUUUUUGGCUCUGAAUGUAAGAUGCGCUUGCCUGCUGCCCAAUUUCUCCCUAGCGUGGAUGGCGAAUCUGAGCUAAAGAACUCCACCUUCUCAGUUCCACACAUCCAAUGUGGAGACAGCUGAGAGAAAAUUCAUUUUGUUUAAUCCAUCUAUCCUUAUUCCUUCAUUCCCCCCACCCAGAACUUUCUAGGAUGUGUAGUUCCCAGAAAGUUAAUGUUCCUAGAAUAAACUGCGGCAAGAGGAAUAAAGAAAUAUGGAAGUAAGCUAUGAAGAUUAUUUUUCUUGCAACCAGCUGAGCCUGAGUGUCUAGGUUUGGCAGUAUCUUAGAUAUGUUUUUAACUAUUAUUGUAAGCCACUUUGAACCAACAGGAAAGGCAGGGAGAAAUGUUUUAAUAAAUAAAUGUGUGGCAUUUUCAAUGAUGCGGAAUAGGAUAAUAUUGGGUCAUUAAUGGAGGCCUGGUUUUGCUUUUCCUGGGAAGAGCAAUAAUAGCUGUCAGGCAGAUCUAUAACUGUAUCUGCUAUGGAAUAAUGAGAACAUAACAUAAAAAUUCAAGAGAGAAAUGUAGCAUUUGAUUGCAAUCUGUAGGGUACUGGUUGGGAUAAACAAUGUCAAAACUAUACCAUUGCAUUUAGCAAGAUAAGUGAGCACACCGUAGAAGAGUCUGUGAAGUAAAUUAUUUGAAAGGGGGAACUUUGCCAUUACUUGCUCUUCUUCAUCAAAACAAACUGUUGCUUUGAUUUAGGAAGAGGGUCCUCUAUUUAAAACCCGCUUCUGUGUUGCACUGCCUUUCCUUUGUAAGAAACUGGACACCAUAUGGGAAGGUGGGAAAAAUCACAGUGCUAUCACGGGAUGUUUGAGGAAAGCACAAACGCGUAAAUAAGGAUUAUCUAGCAUAAGUAAUUCUGUCUCUGUGAGAACAUCCUUAAUCCAGCUAUGACAAACAGGAACUUUGGUUUAUUUCAUGCUUCUGCUUGUUGCGUGAGUAACUGCCUGUUUUACUGCCAAGGGAACACUCUGUUAUGACCAAUACUCCAGUAUUACAAAAUAUUUGAUUUGGGUCAAUGACACUUUUUAUAUUAUUCUCUGCUUUUAACUAAGUUAUGUUUUCCACACCUGCAGUUGUUUUUUUACUUGAAGGGUUAGGGGGUAAUAAUAUGUUUACACAAAAAAGAGAAUGUAAAUCGAGUGCCACUUUAGUAGUAAAAAGCCUAUUACUGUCAACACAGGUACUUGAAAUUUAUAUAGAGAGAGGGGUCAUACUAAGUUUGUAAAUAUUUUAAUGACUUAAACUAUGUCAUUUGUAUGAAUGUAUAAUGGUCUUUUGGAAAAGCAGCACAGCUGCAGCAGCCAUGAAUGAUAAGGUAAUAAUAAAGAGGCUUUCAAAACAAA